CGCCUAUCUGCUUCUUCUCAUCGACCACCAUCAUGGAGGAAUCCCGAGAGUCAGCUCUACCGCCUACUCGUAGCAGCAAGUACUACAUGGGAGAAGGGGAUGUCAUCGUCAAAGUGGAGAACACGUUAUUCCGCUUCCACGCCUACCAUCUUCAGCGAUCUACCGCGUACUUCGACGACUUGCUGGCGAUGACCCCACCCCCUCCACUCGAGGACGAUGGCGCCGACGACUGCUCGAUCAGUCUCGAUGACGUGAAAGCAUCGGACUUCGAGGCUCUACUCUGGUUCUACUACGAGUCGGGGUGUAAUUGGUUCGGAACGGCCACAUCAUCGAUGAACGAGACAUGGAAGUCUGUCCUCGCACUUGCAGAACAGUUCUCGAUGGAAGAUGUCGCAAAGGUCGCUUGCUACGCGCUCCAUAGAGCUGGAGCCGAGCUUGGCGAUGUCCGCAAGAUAUCGCUUUGCGUGCGGUACGACUUACCGAACGAUUGGAUGGGGCCUCAGAUCAAGUGUGUGCUGUCGCGCCAGGACCCUCUGUCACCACAGGAAUGCUCUCAGCUUGGUUUCGAGAUGACGGCCCUGUUGGCUAGAUAUCGCGAGGAGGUCGAGCGUGCGAGAAGGACUCGCACCUGUCGGUCGCCUGACUCAUGCACGAAAUGCAUUACCUGGAGCACCACACCGGCAUCGACCGUGACUUGCUUUCACGGCGUUCAUAUCUGCAACGAGGACGCCACGCACCAUUGGGAAUGCACUGCCGAGGUACAACUAUCGCCAUUCCUGGAUUCCAUAUGCGACGCCAUCCCAAAACCGAAUAAGACGCAUUCGAAGCAGACUCUCGAUAUACGCCCUCCCGUCUGGGGUUCCACACAAGGGGAUCUUUACUUAAAGGCCGAGGAUGCAAUCUUCUGCAUACACCGCUAUCAUCUGUCCCGAACCAGUCCCGUAUUCGCCAACAUGCUGACCCUGCCGCAGCCGGGUCCUAAUUCAACGGCCUUCGAAGAAGGGAGAACUGCAGCUUAUCCUAUUGCACUUGAAGGAGAGACUGCGGAGACUUUCGCAGAUAUGUUGUGGUUCUUCUAUGACGCCCCAUACGAAUGGUCGGAGCGCAUUGAUCGUAAACUCGUUCGAAGAUGGGAGUCAAUUCUCAAUUUCGCAACGAAAUAUGCCAUGGAAGACAUUUGCAAGGUUGCGUCUUGUGCCCUCGACCACCAUGGUGCUCUUUCCGACGUCCGCAAGAUCAGUCUAUGCAUCAGGCAUAGAAUUGGCGGAGCCUGGGCUCAAGCUUCCUUUGCGUCCAUCUGCACGCGCAACGAGAGCUUAACAGUCCAGGAGGUCGAUGAAUUGGGGGCCACAUUGACAGUGCAAAUCACCAAGGUCAGGGAAGGGAGGUUGCGUUCGAUUAUUGCUAAAGCCAGAAAACCACCGCUUUCCGUUCUCAGAAACUCACUGUCUGCCAAGAGCAGCACUAGUUCAUUGCGGCAAUCUGUUACGCACAAGUAGAUGAUGUCGAAACUUGACACCGGUGUACUUACAGUGAUUGAACAUGACUAGCAUGGUGGACGAAGGCA